AUAUUUGAAGAUAUAACAAGUGCACUUCAUAUGCUAAUAUGUUUACAACUAGGUUCAGAUAAUAACUACAAGAUGCUGGAAUUCACCGACGUGUAUUUGUGCUGUUGCAAUACGAGCAGGGAGAGAUGUUUUCAUGAUUAAUAUUUGCGGCAGUAUCAAUUAUUUGGGAUUUACACAUUGUGGUGAAGGUGGAAUAUUGCAAAUCAUAAAAGAAAAUGACAACCUAUAUAAUAUAUACACACCAAUUGGUACAAAAAUAACAGUUUCACUGAAAUAUGGAUACAUUGAUGUAGAUAUUACAAUGGCACCGAAAGAUUUAAAUAACGUAGAAGGCUUAUGUGGUCAUUUUGACAAUGACAUUUCAAACGAUUUCCGGCAUAGGGAUGGAACAACUUCUGGGCUUGCUUGGAAAGAUGAUGCCUUUUCUAAUAGCUGGAGAGUUGACGGCAACGAUAACCUAUUUUGGACGAACAGACAACUUACAGCAUGGGGUGACGACAACAAAUUGUACUGCAUUUGCAAAAGGACUACCAGAGAAGCCGAAGCAUUCUGUUCACCUUCACAAUACUUGGACUGUGAAGUUGAUUCCUCGUCUAUAACUAAACAGCAAUGUCUAGUUACACAGAACAGAAAGAGGAGAAAUGUCCAUUUUAAUGACGACAAAGAAUUAGAACGACUGUUGACUUUGAUGUUGCCGGCUCCAAAACAUAUUGUUGUCAAACGCCAGGAUGAAGGAACAAUUAUCACGGAAGAUGAAGCCAUGUCAUUGUGCACCGAGAAAAUCAAAGGGUCACUGGCUAUGUCGUCAUACAAGGAUGUUAAUGGAAACGAAGACCCGGAUGCCGUCAUUUCGCAGUGUGCUUUUGAUUUACAGGCGUCAAACGACAAAUCGCUAUAUGAGGUUCAUGUUGAAUCGGUGAAUACGAUUGUUAAAAACAUUAUGGACAAGGAACCGGUUUAUGUUGCAAACAACACAGAAAAGGUGGAUUUUUUCUACGAAAAUACAUGUCCAUUUAAUUGUAGCGGCAGAGGAAAUUGUUCAAAGACAAGUGAGUGUGAAUGUGAACAGUUUCUUCAUGGUGCUGCUUGUUCAAUAGAUGAAAGGGAUCCACUACGUAUAGACGAUAUUGAAGGUGGUGGAUUAUGUGAUUUAGCAGAUGGCGUCGAAUGUACAUGUUUUUAUGUAAGAUCGGACACAAUUCUUGACGGAUUCAGUUGCAACAUUAAUACAUUUAAGAUGUCUGUAAAUGGGACAUUGACAAACGUUUCAUCAAAAACUUUUAAAGGCGGAUAUCAAGACAUAUUUACCGGUCUGUGUUGUGUUCCUGAAAAUAUUGUAGGAACGAGUGAUGUAUUUGUGUCAAAUUAUAAUGUUUCAAUAAGCAAUAACGGUGAAAAUUUUGGAAAUGAAGAAGACAUUUACGUAUUUGAUUCAACGUGUCAACAUCUGGAAGAUGAUGUGCAGAGUGUUAAACAAUUUACUUUAAAGGAUGGUCAUUGCUUUAUAGAAGGUUAUUGUGUUGCCGAAAAUGAAAUGUCGUUUAGUGGUUGUUUAGCCUGCAAACCGUCUACAGUUAGGUUUAACUGGACAGAAUACAACCCCUGUCAGAACGGAGGGAAUUGUAGUAGCAAAAUUAAUGGAUACAUGUGUGCCUGUGUAGACGGUUAUGGAGGAAUGAACUGUGAGACUGAAAUCGAUGAGUGUUCAUCAAGUCCUUGCCAAAAUGGUGGAAAUUGUACAGAUCUGUUUAAUGCAUAUUCUUGUGAUUGUCGUGGAGGAUUUACUGGUUCUAGCUGUGAAACAAAUAUAGACGAAUGUUCAUCAAAUCCGUGUCAAAAUGGCGGAAUAUGUUUGGACCAGGUAAAUAUGUAUCAGUGUGACUGUUCUGCUGGAUAUGAAGGAAACCAUUGUGAAAUGGAUAUUGAUGAGUGUGAGUCAAACCCCUGUCAAAAUGGCGGCAACUGUACAGAUCAUGUCAAUGGGUAUACAUGUCAGUGUGUUCCGGGAUAUUUUGGCACGAACUGUUCCAUUGGCACAAACAAAUGUGAGUCAAAUCCCUGCCAAAACGGAGGCUUUUGUGUUGACGAAGUCAAUGGACGUCAAUGCAAUUGUAUUGCUGGGUAUAACGGCAUAAACUGUGAGCUAAAUAUUUAUGAAUGCUCAUCUAAUCCAUGCCAGAACGGCGGAAGUUGUGAAGAUCUUGUUAACGGCUACGUUUGCAAAUGUAUUCCUGGCUAUAACGGGAGUGUCUGUGAACAAGAUAUUGACGAAUGCGCAACUGCUCAGUGUCAGAAUGGAGGUACAUGUUUGGACCAGGUCAAUGCUUACAUAUGUGAAUGUGCUGCUGGAUAUGAGGGUACUUCCUGUAUGAGUGAUAUCAAUGAAUGUUCGUCUGAACCUUGCAAAAACGGCGGAUCAUGUACAGACCUUGUGGCGGACUACAGUUGUACUUGUGUUGAUGGAUAUGAAGGGACCACUUGUGAAAUAGAUAUCAAUGAAUGUUCGUCUGAACCUUGCAAAAACGGCGGAUCAUGUACAAACCUUGUGGCGGACUACAGUUGUACCUGUGUUGAUGGAUAUGAAGGGACCACUUGUGAAAUAGAUAUAAAUGAGUGCUCCUCGGAUCCGUGUCAAAAUGGUGGUUCUUGUAAAGACCUUGUCGCCGAUUUCAAUUGUGUUUGUGCCGCUGGAUAUGAGGGUUCCAAGUGCGAAAUUGAUAUCAAUGAAUGCUCUUCUAACCCAUGUAAGAAUGGUGGUACAUGUGAAGAUGAUGUCGCUGGCUACAAAUGCAUCUGUUCCGCAGGAUAUGAGGGCACCGUGUGUGAAACUGAUAUAGACGAAUGUUUGUCCGACCCUUGUAAGAAUGGCGCUACAUGUGAAGAUGAAGUGAAUGGUUACACAUGCCAAUGUGCUGCUGGAUAUGAAGGCAUGGACUGUGGAAUUG